UGGCCGCAGCAAGGUGUCCUUUUUUAGUCUCUCUCUCUUCCCUGGUUCUUGUGUCACACGCCCCUUCCUCCCUUCGUAUACUCUUUUAUUUCGGAGGUUUUAGAAGGAGGAAGAGAAGGGUCGAUGUACUGGAAAGAGUGAGAAAAAGAUAUGAGAUUCGUGUGCGGAGAAUAAAGGGAUAUAUUUUUUUUCUUCUUCAAGAGAGACAGAGAAGUUUUGGUAAGAAGGAUGGUGUCCGUGUGGAAGUGGUAAGGAAGAUCUGAUAAUGUGGCAGUACCUGACCGUCAUGUUGCUGUACGUUAGCGGCACCUGAUGAAGGUUAAAAUGCCUUUCAAGUUGCGUCUGAAGAAGACCCGACAGUACAAUGUGGUCUCCCGCAACGUGCUGGUCAUCAGUGUCGAGCUGCUCGACAAGACCACACUUGAGUGUACAUUAUCUGCUGACUCAACGGGCCAAGACUGCCUGCGCAAUGUCUGCCAGAGGUUGUCUCUUCAUCAGCAUGAAUUCUUUGGGCUGCGUUACAUGAGCAAGAAGCCGUACCCUAAAGUUCGAUGGGUUGAGCUUGACCGUCCCCUGAAGAAGCAGCUAGACAAGUAUGCCCAGUCUCCCAAUCUUGCCCUGGCUGUUUUGUACUAUAUCCAUGAUGUCUCACUCCUGCAAGAUGAUGUUACGAGAUCCCAUUACUUCUUACAAGUCAAGCAGGACGUGCUGGAGGGCAAACUGCGGUGCAACCAUGAGCAGGCUGUCCUCCUGGCGUCCUACAGUCUGCAAGCUGAGUUUGGAGACCACCAGCCAGACCGGCAUACAGCUGAAUACCUCAAGGAUUUCAUGCUGUUCCCCAAGCAGGUGGUUAGCGAAGGUGAAGUGGCGGCACUCCUGGAGGCCGUUGUGUGGCAGUAUUCAUCCCUCCAGAGCCUAGCGCAGGCCCUAGCUGAGACGUACUACAUCCUAGAGGCUCAGAGGCUCGAUGGCUACGGUCAGGAAACCUUUAUGGCGCGGGAUGAACGCGGCAGUGAGGUGUACCUGGGGACCUCUCUCAUCGGCAUUGUGGUACGGCCAGCCUCCGGACACACGCAGUUCUUUUAUAGAUGGAAUGACAUUACCAAUUUGGUGAACAACAAACGAACAUUUGGCAUUGAGUGCCAGCGCACAGAUGAGACGGUUCACUUCACGUUUGAUGAGCCAGACGCAGCCAAAUAUGUGUGGAAGAUGUGUGUCAAGCAGCACACAUUUUACAAGCGAAAGCAGGAGAUGCUAGAAGGCAGCUCAGCCGCAGAAACACGCAGCCUAGCUAUCCCUGACCUGCAGAGCUCUGUGAUGACAGCGCAACUACACCACUCACAGCACCUUAAUGCCUCGCAUGAAAUGGUGGAUGGCAGAGGCGGCAUGGGCGAGCUGACAAUGCAGAGCUCGGGGGACCAGGGAGCCAUGACCACCUAUUCAAAUACACUGCCACAGUUCGAGCUCUCCUAUAUACAGCAAUCUGGUGAUGCUGGGGGUCAUCUUAGCAGUGCCCUCGAAUCCUCCAGUUCCCAGAUGAUCAGUGACCCCUCUUACGGGAUGCUGUCACAGUCGGCGUACUCCCUCAACUCCCUGCAUCACCCACAGAACCCGGUUGUAUUGGCUUCCCAUGGCCAGGUGUCACAGACGUCAGCCAUGCAGCAGCAGCAGCAAUCGCAACAGCAGCCACCCCCUCAACAGCCACAGCCACAGCCUCCUCAGCAGCAGCAAACACAGCCAAGCCAACAGCAACAUCAUGAUGCAACUGGUCAGCAAGUGGCUCUGUAUUCUUCCAAUCUCAGUCUUCCUUCCACGAGAGGCAGUUUCAGAAGAACACUCCUCCCGCAGUAUAGACCUGCUCCCGACUACGAACAAGCUCUAGUACAAAAAUACGGGCCUGGAGUCAAUCCAGCCAACAUCCGUGCCACAAUGCUCUACUCAUCCCAGCCCGAGAUCUCAAACAGACAUGUGUUAGAAGGCCCGACUCAGGAAUCCAGCGGUGUGGGGAACUACAGCCAUUACAAAGGCUACACUGACCUGUCCAUGUAUCCAGAUCCCCCCAUGCCACACCUGAGUAGGUCGGCUGGAAUACUCAUGCCUGGUCCACUGCACAACACCUACAGCACCCCAGAGUUGGCCACCCCCUCCAGUAGCGGGGACAUCGUAGAGGGCGGCGGCGAGGGCGGUCGUGACGUGCCCCAGGACCAGCACCUCCUGCACGUGCUCAAGCCCCCCCCUCCGUACCCUUACAGCAAGCCCUCCAGCAACAGUACGCCAGACUUGGCCUCCACCAAUCAGGUUGGGAGCUCAAGCCCAGACCUAGCGUCAAGAAGGCGAGCGUUGCUGACAGCCUCCUUGGGGUGCUUGGGAUCCCCCGGCCUCUCCCGAACCUACGAAAACCUUGCUGACAUCAGUGAGGCCGUGGAGAGUCUGCGCAACGACCUAACUCGGACAACAGAGACCGGCAGCUCAUUCUUACAUUCUUUCAGUCACAAUUACUCUCGUGAUGACCUGGAUGCCAUUUACCAACUGAGCAAUGGCCAUGUGGCCCUAGGGACGAACCUGAAUCUGAACCCCAUAUUUGCAGCAGAGGCACAGGGCCAACCUUCACAGCAGGGGCAGGGUGCAAGGCCACACUACGCCGGAGCAGGGCACUAUCCUCAGCAGUUCGGGGGCCAAUACCCAGACCCUCCUCAGUAUCCAUCUGGGGCAGUGCAAGGCUCCCAGGAACCCAUAUACCAGAACAUUUCUGCCCUCAGGACGGAGGAAGGCAGGGAGCGUGCACGGUCGGCACCAGAGAUAGAUAAUAACCCGAUAGGUGUUGUGGCAGCAAGCCAGGCGGGCCAUCUGCUAGGACAGUUGCCUGGGGAGGAGGCCCAAGGGGGACGGGGCAGGGCACUCUCACAACCUGUUCGGCAGACAGCCAUUGAGCCACAGUUGUACAUUGAGAGUCGACUGGGGGAGCAGCAGCAACAGCAGCAGCGGGGUCCCAUAGAGGCAAUCAAUACUGCUAUGGGACAGAUCCCAGUGUUCAGUGCACAGCAGGAAGUCAGACACAACCAUCACCACCUCCACCUACAGCAGCAGAUGCAAGCUCUCUCUCUACAACAACAGCAACAACAGCAGCUUCAUCACCAGCUACAGCUACAGCAGCAGAAGGAACAACAGCUGCAGCAGCAGCUACAGAUACAACAAAAGAAGGAACAGCAACAGCAGUUGCAACUCCAGGUAGCUCAGCAACAACAACAACAAAGUCAGGCAGCUAAUCUUCAUUUACAGCAUCAACAACAGCAACUACAACAGCAGGUCAAGCAGCAGCAACAGAGACAGCAGCAGCAGGUUCAGGAACAGCAAAGGCAGCAACAAGUUAUAGAGCAGCAAAGGCAGUUGCAGCAACAAAAACACCUACAACAGCAACAACAACAGCAGCAGCAGCAACAACAACAACAACAACAACAACAACAACAACAACAACAACAACAACAACAACAACAACAACAACAACAACAACAACAACAACAACAACAACAACAACAACAACAACAACAACAGCAAUCAGCACAGCCAACACUUCAACAACAACAGCAGCAGUUAAGACAGCAGCAGCAGUCACAGACCAUGGUUGCCAAGCAGCAGGUGAAGCAGAGUGGGGCAGUUGCCCAGCUGGACGCAGUAAGUGAAGGGGCUAGGCUUACCCCAAGGAAGAAAUGGGGUGCUCCAGCCACAGGUCCUGUAAUGAUGGCAGGCCAGGCUGAGCCUGCCAUGGGUGCUGCAAAGGCUGUGGCCGAGUCGUAUCCUGCAGGGCAUGGAGAGCCCUCUGCCAAGGCACAGGCUUCUUCCCUGACACCUGAUGUAUUGCGAGGAACAGCCACCCUAUCACAAAGGCCAAAGGAUCCCAGGGCAGUGCAGCUUGAAAACAAGUUGUUUGGUGUCGACAUUUUGCAAGAGUUUGAAUCCCUUCCCCGAGUGAAGCCCAAUGCAGACUUUACAACAGCCCAAAAGUCGGACAAUAUUCCUCGCAACCGCUACAAAGACAUUGUACCCUAUGAAGAAAACAGAGUAAGGAUUACACCUUCCAAGGAGAACAAAAGUGGUUAUAUCAAUGCAUCACACAUCACUGCAAGUGUAGGUGAGAGCCAGCGCUUCUACUUGUGUGCGCAGGGUCCCCUUGCCAACACAGUAACCCAUUUCUGGCAGUGUGUAUGGGAGGCAGAUGUGCAUGUUGUGGUGAUGCUGACUUCAGUUACAGGAGACACAAACACCAGCAAGAGUUUCCCGUAUUGGCCACAGAUGGAUAACACAAGUGUUGAGUGUGGGGAGUAUCGUGUGUUCCGUAAACACAGCACCGUGACAGGGUCCCAUGUCACUAGCCGUCUGCAGCUGAUUCACGCUCCCACACGCAAGACUCGCACCAUAUGGCACCUGCAGUUUACAGACUGGGCUGACCAUGGCUGUCCUGAAGAUGUGCAGGGAUUCAUCUGCUUCCUGGAGGAGCUGUCAACACUACGAAGAUAUUCAUACAACGAGGUGCGUGGAGUUGGGAGGAACCGAAACACCCCAGUCUUGGUGCACUGUUCAGCAGGUGUAGGGAGAUCAGGGGUCACCAUCUUGUGUGACCUCCUGCUUGAGGCAGCUGAUCAUAAUCUCCCUCUUGAUCCACCAAAGGUUCUGCACCACCUACGGCAGCAGAGGAUGGCCCUUGUACAGACCAUUGCCCAGUACAAGUUUGUCUACCAGGUCCUCAUUGCCUACCUGAAUCGUGCCAGGCUCAUCUAGACUGGAUGGAGUGUGAUGCCAUCCUAGAAAAUGCAAUUGAAAGAGCCAGUGAUUCUUAUUUUGUUUUAAAUAGGCGUAAAUUUCUAACCCCUUGUGUGCUGGGAGUGAAGUGACAUCCAUAUUAGAUAUGGUAAAUUAAGCAGUAGGAACAGAUAGACAUAUAGUGGCAUAUAUUGCUGUUCAUAGGUGCUAGUACAUGGACAGAUUAAGUGUCUUUUCUUCUGAUGCCUUUGCCAGAGGUUAAUCCUUUGAAUGAACUUGUGAAGAGUGAAUUUAAAGACUUGUGGCAGACAUUUUAAUAGCUGCAGUUUGGCCGUUUUAAACAGCCAUUCUGCCACAAUAGCAUCCCCACCUUCUAUAUUUUAUACUGUCUUUAUAUAUGGUCUUUGUGUGUGUAUAUAUAUGUGAAACUGUGCAGCUUGACCAAAGGCAGAAAAGAUGUGAAUUUCUAGAAGUUGAAAAAGUGCCGAAAAUGCCUUUGCUAAAAGUACAGAAGAAUAGUUUUACAUAAUCAUUGGUGCUUUUAUCAAGUAACAGACUGAUAUGCAAACCAGCUGGUUUGCUAAGAAGCUCUUUUUGAAGUAAGAUUUUCAUUCUUCCAAGUAUACCAGAAGUAAACAGAGUGAGAAAGUUUCAAGAAAAGAAUGCAGCUUUAUUAUGCUGUAGCAUGGUGAUUGCAUCCUGUGUGCUUACUGCAUUCUGAUGUUUGGAGAGUUGCUGUAUAAAUUUGGCUUUUAUUUCUUUUAUUUCUAAGAGUAUAUCUUUGUAUGUGUUCAUUAUUUAUGUUUUAAUUUAGAGUUGAAGGAAUGUGACUGCAAGAUUGAGAAAGUGAGAGAGCGAGAGAAUGAAUGAGUGAGCAAUAUGGUCGUUCCAUUAGAGCAAUAAAAAUUUCCAGUCAUCCUCAGCCAAAAUGAUUUAUAACUGUGAAAGCCCUUAAAAAAAAGUGAACAAAGUGAAUAAAAUGCAUUUUUUAUGCAUUUCAAUUUGUAUUUAUAUCUGAACACACACCUAAACACACACACCAUAAUUCACACACACAAAAGACCUUCAUUGCAUUGAUUGGACAAAGUCAUAAAAGAGAACCACUUAAGGGCUUCAACCCAUAAGCAAUGGACCCCAGAAGACUGGCCGAAAGAUAGCAAAGGAAGGCUACACUGACUUGCAUUUCUUUAUCAUACAUUGGUUGUGAAGGAAUAAGUGUUUAUAGAGUCACAUGAUACAUGUCUUAUGACAGUUGUGUUUAUACAUAAUAGAAAUAGAAAGAAAAGGAAGGAGAAUGAAUUUCACUAACAAUUUGGAUGAUCAAUGAAGAUUUCAGUUAAGACAUGCUAAUUUUUUGUUUAUUUAUUUUUAUUUUCAUUUUUAUUUUUUUCUUAGUCUGUGUCUGAAGUUUGGUAAGGUACUGUAUGUAUGUCUUGUGUUUGUGUGCCUGUUUGGUUUAUGUCUAAGCUAAUAUAAAACUAUUGUUAUGACGGCAGUCUAACACACCAUCUCUUUUCUGUCAUAGAGUGUUGUUCGUCACUGAAUACAUUGUAUGACAUUUUGUACAUAUGUAUUUUUCUUGAGAUGUUACUCAUUUCUGAUCUUUGUGUAUGCAUAAUGCAUGCACCCAUACAUUUGUACAUGCAUGUAUAAAUGUAUACAUACAUAUACAGUAUAUGUAGACUUGUACAUAUAUUGUAUACAUGUAAAUAUACUCACAUGGAUGUACCUGUGUAAACCUUCAUAUAUAACCCAUUUUUAAAGAAUGAGGAAAUAUGCCAGUGACUUCUUAUUAUGCUUGUGUAUGACUGCCAUAGCUUUGUUUGUCAUGGGAGUUGGACAAACAUAGCUGUGGUUAAGGUUGCUAUCUGAGAAAUUUCAGAAGUUUGGCAUUGGUCAGAACUCAUAGAGCAGCUCAGAGUGCAAGAAAUGGAGAUCCAUGGCAUUGCAUUGCAUUUGAGCUGGUGGUUUUCUGUUUGGUUCAAUGUGCUAAUGGCAUUUAAGUAAGAUGUUUUGGCUUUGUUGAAUUGUUUUCAUUUAUUUAUUUACCUAAUAUUCAACCUUAGGGCAUUUACUCUUCCAAACUAUAUUUGGAGUAGAGACAGUGAUAGUGUUACUGAACUCUGUGUUUGCAAUAUUUCUUUCCUACAACUUCUCAUAUUUUUACACUGGCAGUUACUCUUUAAAGUGUGUUGAGUAUUAUUUUAACAGAAAAUGUUAUGGUUGAAAUUUUAUUCUUUGUGGUGUGAUUUUUGAAAAUCCAAUAUUUCACAGGAGGUAGGUUCAUUAUGAGAAAAGAAAAUUAUGUAUAUGUAUGUUUGCCUUUUAUAGUUACAAGGGUGAUCCAUAUGGCCAUUUUUUCAGAAAUGGGAACAACUUGUUUACUACUCUCUUGACAAUCACUCAGCUUCUUGUACUUAAAAGUUUUUAAACAUUCUAAAAAUUAUGUCUUCCAAAACCAACAAUCAGAGUAAUACAUACCGUCAGGGUCAAAGAAUAAUUAUAGUUAAUAUUUUAGCUGUACCUGUGGACUCAAAAAAAAUUUUGUUCCUCAUUUACCCUAAAAAAAUAAAUAAUUUUGUGUAAUUUUUUAAUGCUAUUUGAAAACUAUAAAUAAAGAUAGUGAAGGGGAAGCACAAUAACAUAAAGAUGCAAAGGGGGGUGGGGGUAACAGAGGAGGAACAUCAGCAGUUUUGGUCACAAAGUCCAGACCACAGAUUGGGAGCCAUUUGGUACUGCGGUCGAUGCUCAUCUGGGGGAAGAGUUGUGAAUACCCUUGUGUGUGUGUUUUCAUUCAUGCUUCCAUACUGAAAAAUCCUUUACCGGACGUCUUUCAAGGUCAGUCUUGCCGCUGACAGGCUUAUGCUUAUGUCACUAACUCCACUCCUGCCAACUCUUUUGGCAUUACAAUUGUUUUUUGAACAUUGUACCUAUGAAUAUAUAUACAAGAGUGUAAAUUUAUGACAGUGCUUGAUAUAAAGGCCAGCACUGUUUGGUGUAUUUAUAUAUUUCUCUAAAAAAAAAGUGCCAUGUAUAUUGGGAAGUUUUAAAUAAUUGUUUUUUAAGA